AUGUGCAACAGCAUAUUUUACUGCAGGAAGACCAAGAAUCGGAUACAACUAAUAAUGCCUAAGAACAAUUCCAAUAAAAAUGAUGAUGAUUAAGUUACAUUUGAUGAUAUUCUUUCAAAGAUAGGAUUCGGUAGAUAUUAAAUAGCUAUAUUUGUUAUGAUGGGUUUUGUAGGAAUAGCUGACGCAGCAGAAGCUUAAGUAUUAUCUAUUUUACAGCCUAUGAUCAAUGAUCACUGGGAUUUAAAAACUUACCAAAAUAGCAUUAUGGUUAGUUUAGUAUUUACUGGUUAUAUGAUUGGAUCAUUUACUUCAGGUAAGAUUUCUGAUAAGUAUGGAAGAAAAAAACCACUGGUUUAUGCUUCUGUAGGAUUAUUUUUGAGUGCAAUAUUGAGUGCCUUUGCAUUUGAGUUUAUUUCAUUCACAAUUUUAAGAACCAUUUUUGGCGGAUUUGUGGGUUUUAUAGUGCCUAUUUCAUUUUCAGUUUUGGCUGAAACGACUCCAGUUAAACAAAGAGGUGUCAUUUUAGCACUAGUAGGAAUAUUUUACACUUUUGGUGAGCUAUUUGUAUGCUUAUUAGCUUUUCUGACUCUUGAUAAUUUAAAAACGGGUAAUUGGAGAUUGUUACUUGCUCUUAGUACAAUUCCUAGCUUUUUAAUUAUGGUUCUUUCAUAUUUUUUCUUAAACGAGAGUCCUAGAUUUUGUCUUUUUGAUGACAAAGAAGAAUAAGCUUUCUAAUUAAUAGAAUAAAUAUGCUAAAUUAAUAGAACUUAAUCACCCAUAGAUCAUUCUAACAAAUAAAAACUAAUUUUAUGGGCAGAUAAAAUGAAAAAGUAAUCAUAGCAAUUUGAAAAAGGAUCAAUAAAAUCACUUUUUGAGAAAUCUUUCAAAAAAGUUACUCCUAUAAUUUGGUAUAACUGGUUUGUUUCUAGCUUUGUCUUCUUUGGGAUAACUUUUAUACUACCAAUAACACUCACUAAAUUAAACAAAAAUGAUGAUAAUGGUGAUGAUGAUUUGCUGUCUAUUUUCUUUAGUUCUCUUGGUGAACUACCUACUAUUUUUGUGUGUGCUAUUAUAGUUAAUGUGCCUUUCUUAGGUAGAAAAAAUUCUUGGGCAAUUGCUUUUGCUGGAGGAUUUAUUGGCUGUCUUUUAAUAUACUUAGAAUUGGGAUCAUUUACUUUUUGGGUUUCGUUUUCAAAACUUGCUCUUGAUCUGGCUUUUACUCUAAGUUAUGAAUAUACAGGUGAAAUUUAUCCUACAAAAAUUAGGGCUGAGGGUAUGGGAAUGGCUGGUUCUUUUAGUAGAAUUGGGAGUAUAAUUAUGCCAUGGAUCGGUAAUUAUAUUGGCGAUAUUGGAGUAUUUCUUCCAUAUUUCAUAUUCAGUAUUUGCUGUGCACUAGCUUCUUUAUUAACAUUCUUGUUACCGUUUGAAACAAGAGGAUAAUCUCUAGAUACUUUUAGUUGA